UCAACACACUGCAAGUCAUCCUGACUACAGUUUUUUUUAUAACAGUUGUAUAAGUACAGUUGUGUGCUCGCCAGCUCUUACUCAGCAGUUUUACACUGACAAGCCACCUUUCAGCUCGCCACCGAAACACCACAUGGAUCCUCAGAACAACAUGGAAAAUGAGGCAAAGAUGUUCCUGAGCCACGCGAAGACUCUCAGGCUGCACACCGGGAAUAUAGUCAACCGAAGCCGGCUGAAAAAGAAGUGUCCGUGCUCCCCCAGCGAAGAGCUUCAAGACUGCAUUCAAGCUGCACUGAGUGAUUGGAAGGCUGCCACAAAACCGCCAUCCAAUGACUUCCCCGACACGCUGGACUGCUCCAUCCCGCAGCCGACAGACGCCAUCCCCCCCGAAGAGAGGGAGGAGCUGAGGGUCUCAGUGAAGCUGUUCCUGUGCGAGGCGGGUGAAUCCUCCAUCAGAGACGCCGUGGAGAUGGCCUGUCAGACGCUGGCGGUGUCGCAGCUGGACUCCGUCAUCAUCGCCCCGACGUGGCCCCUGGCUGAGGGGGAGAACCAGAGCUUGGCCCACCUGCAGCCGGCCUGGGAGGAGCUGGAGUCUCUGGUCCGGAGCCAGAGGAUCGCUGCCAUCGGCACCUCGGACCUGGACAAAGACCUGCUGGAGCAGCUCUACACCUGGGCUCAGGUGAAGCCCAGCAGUAACCAGGUGAACCUGGCCUCCUGCUGUGUGAUGCCUCCAGACCUCACUGCCUUCGCUAAGGAGUUCGACAUCCAGCUGCUCACACACAACGACCCCAAAGAGCUCAUGUCAGCGGCCACCUUCCAGGAGGCGGUGCAGGAGGGAACGCAGGAUCUGAGCGCCGCCAUCUGGAGGCUGGAGUGGGUUCUGCGCUACUCCAUCAUCGUGAAGAGCCGGGGAAUCAUCAAGGCUAAAGGCUACCUGGUCAGUGCGGGGAAGGGGAGUCAGUAGCACCACCACCACCACAGAAGAAGAAGAAGACAUGGAUGAAGCCAUUUUCCUCCUUUCCCAUUGACAUAAACACAAGUCACAGCUCUGAAUAAUGGAUGCCGCCAAUCAAACAGUCCCAAAAGUCAUUGUUUAUCCUACAGAGAAGCAUCAAGUAUGAUUCAUUUGAACUGCAUUCAUUCCCAGUGAGAUCAAGAGACUGUGAAGACUUCAGCAGAUUAGAGUCAAUGCUGCUUUUAACAUGAAAAAAUGGUGGUUGCUAAAUGUUUAUGAUCGUUCCUUAACCUAUUUCUGACUGUCAGUGCCUCUCGUCUACUUUCUCUCUGUCCUCACACCUGCUUCGUCUCAACUGCGUCUGGUGAAUGUACCUAAAGGUAGAGAUGUAUUGUUUUGUACCACAGAGUGAUUCCACACACAUGAGGAACAACUCUGAUUUAAUUCAUGCUAUAGAGUGCCACAGUGACGCGUCCUAAAACCCGGAAGUAAGUUAGCAUUUUUUCCGGUUCCUUCGACAAAAAGCAAUUCAAUUUCUCCAUA